GAUCCACACAGACUCGUUGCCCGGGACGACGUUGCAUGGAAAGUGACGCCUAAGUAAUAAAACACGGCUGUGCUUCAGUACUUAUUUACACACCGUGGUCUGUCAGCGAUUGUGUCCAUCCUCCGCGGUCAGUCUUUUUCAGAAGGAUGGCUACUAAAGUUGCUUCUACCACAAUGAUCGGCCCUGAGUCGUGGAGGAAUUCAACUUUGAAAGGUAUAAAACUGUCUCAAAACAUAGUUCACAAAAGUGAUAAAAGUUGUGAUAUUGGCAGAGCCUUUGAUCCACUGCCACACUUGAGAGACACAGUUGUUCAGUUGAGUAAUGAAGAAAUCAGAAGAUAUACUAGAGAUGUGAGGGCUGUUGUAGCAAAGCUGAGAGAAAGUUUGUUGGAAACAAAUGAAGAAAUAAAAUCGUUAACAAGAGGAAAGGAAGCACUGGAAAAAGCACUUGAACACACAAGGAAAGAUCUGAAGUUGAAUAAAGACAGUAAUGAUGUCAGAUUGUCAAGACACACAAGAGAAAAGCCUCACGAUGGUGCUGAUGACCUGCUGAACGGCGAGAGGGCUCACCUGCUGAACAACAAGAAGACGCUGGAGGCUCAACUCAAGUCUGUGCAGGAACAGCUCCAGAUUUUGGACAAGGCCCGGAAGCACCUGUUUGCCACACUGCAGGAGCGUUCCCGUGUGCUGGAUUUUCUGUGCCACGCACUAUCGUUUAACAACGCCAACUCCAAUCAAGAUAGUCGCACCAAGAGCUCCACAGAGGGUCGGUUGUCUCGUCUGGACACUACUCGUCUUGGAGCCAGUCAAGCUGAUCCCAUCGGACCAUACACGCCCGAUGCCGACAUUGCCCUCGCUGAUGCUUUGGAAGCCCGAUGUCGGUCAGGCUACCUCCGGCAGGAACUCCGGGAGACCAUUGACAGAGUGGAGAGGCUACAGAAAGCAGCUCACAAGUCCGUCAACGAUGGUCUCACUCAGAAAGUUGCUGAGACAGUAACGCUCAAGCAACACCUGGGGGUGGGCCUGGGGGAGAACCGCCACGCCAUCCAUCGAGCACAGCGCUGGUAUGACUCUACAGAACGAGCCCGAGGAAACGCUCUGGGUCCUGUGAUGAGUGCUGACAUGACAACAAGGGAACGUCUCGAUCGACCUCUGGUGCGAGUGUUCCAGCGUCACCCUGGUACACAGCUACCAGAAGCUCAACACAUGAUCAGGGGCGGAGACGGUCUGCUCCAGUCUCUCACUGCCACAAGUCGGAACAUUGGCCUGCUGCGUCUCUCCCACCUCAAGCUCCGUGAUGACAUCCGCAGCAAGAGCGCAGCCGCUGAUAUCGACAGCAGCAUCAUGCGCAUGAGGCGUCGUCGAGGGGAUCAUCGCUGGACCCUUGGGUCUGCCUUUUAAGGGCAAAUGAUACGGAACAGGGGUUCAAAUAGAAAAAUAAAUACCACAGUAUUAUUUUCACCAUAUUAUAUCAAUACUACAGAAUGCACAACAGCAACUGCACCUAUUGCUGUCAGUAUUAUAAAGUAUUCAUCGGGCAUAAGUAUUCACUGCUGAAAGUAUUAAGAACAUUGCUGUUUUGACAAUAACUGUUCAAAGGGGGGUAACUCUUGAACGGUAACUGUUUCCUUUGAAUGUAUAAUUUUUUGUGUUUCUUGUUGAAUGGAAAUAUUUUUGAUACAAACAGUUCAAAAGACAUUUUAUCUAAACUGUACAUUAUUUAUUUUGCUUAUCAAACAACAACAUUUUCCAGCUUGUGCGUAGUUUCAAAAUUGAAACGGAUUGUAAUGAUUAUCAGUAUUUCUAUAUUAAUGUGUAUUAUGCUCAUCACAUAUUUGUACAGUCUAGGUUUUGUGUUAUAUGAUAUAGCAGAUGUCUUUCAAUUGGUGUGAGAGUGUUUUAAGCAGUAUUAGAAUAUAAAAUUGUAAAUAAUUUUCAUGUGAAUAUAUUGUGUACAUCUCUACAGGUUUUUCUAAAGGUUUCCAACUAUACAUCUAGAUCCUGCUAUGUGGUUAUCUGUUGAUUUCAUUGUUUGUUGUCUGUUCUCGGUAUUUCGUUAUCAAAGCUUUAUUUCAGCUAAGACCAUCAUGAAACAAAUAAGAGCAAGAACAGUUUUAGCAACUUUUCCGUUAUUUUUUUAACAUUGAGAAACUUUUAUGUUGAGUUCUGAACCUGUGUUUAGGAUUUCACACAAGCAAGGUUCCAUCAGUCAUGAUAGUUUGUUGUCAAUUCUGAUUAAUGUUUAUAUACCAUAAACGUUGAGAAUUGAAAGAUAUUGAAUUGUCAGAGUUAAUAAGCUCAUAACGGAAAGAAAAAUUACCCUUCAUUAUGUCAGUGUUUGAUUCAUGCAACUUCACUUGCUGAUUUGUGCAAAUCUUCUCCUAUCAGUUUCAAAUAAUUCCUUUUGGGAUUUCAGAAGUUGAUCGUUACUCAUUGAUUUGUGUUCAAGAGGUAACAGUUUCGUGAGGGAGAAGAUUUACAUAUGACACUACCAAAAGCUAUUGUCCCAAUUGUAAUGCGAUAACUUUUGAUUCAGUUGGUUUUAAAACCUGGAGUUGUGUUAUAGAAUGUUAUAUCAGUAUUUGAUUUGACCUGUGAUAUUGUUACAGUUUUAUACAUACAUUAACUGGAAUGCAGUGUUUGCCUGUGGAAAUAUUUACGUGUACCAACAUACCCAGUUACAGUGGAUACCGAUGUUCAAAUUGAGCUACCUUUGUACUACAUGGUUAGACGUUCAUUAGAGACAUUUAAAUGCUGCUCAGUUCAGGUCUUAAAUAAAGACUCUUAAAAUUG